AUGCUACGAUUUGGCGAAAACACCAAAGUGUCAAAAAACAUGUCAGAGCGGGUAUCUGAAACCAUACCAACGGAGGAUAAGCACUACGGCAAGAGCGCUUACCGAUUGCCGAAUAAUGUGAAAGCAAUCCAGAGAGAUAUCAUGAAGAACGGACCUGUAGUGGCUGGGUUCAUCGUCUAUGAAGACUUCGCGCACUACAAAUCAGGAAUAUAUAAGCAUACCGCUGGCAGAAUGACAGGUGGUCAUGCUGUGAAGAUAAUCGGAUGGGGAAAAGAGAAAGGAACACCCUACUGGCUUAUCGCUAACUCGUGGCACGACGACUGGGGAGAGAAAGGCUUCUACCGCAUGAUCCGUGGAAUCAACAACUGCAGAAUAGAAGAGAUGGUGUUUGCCGGACUUGUUUAG